CCGCCACGCAGUCUUCCCGCGCGGUCCGCACGUGUGUCUAGCGUAUCAUCACACACAGUUCCAAGUAAUCGCUCUCGAUUUAACUCGAUUCAAAUCCUAACAGUGCAGUUUAACUUACAAAAACACUAAAAACUGUGUCUAUCCGUGACCUAAGGACUAAGACGUCGAUUAUACAACAUUGUGGCUUACUAAACUUCAGUGUAAUUAAAACUGUAAUUGUAAUAAGUUUACUUCUUCGAUAGAUUAAUUAAAUCUUACAUGGAACCGGAACGUAUUUAAUUAAAGUCUGGAAUUUAUUAUUCUACAGCGGAUGAGAUAUGUAACAUCUUUAACGAACUGUAUGCGUCCAGAAAGCCUUGAAUCGCCUCUAUCUGCGACUCGCGAUACUAAGGCAAGUGUGUACGCUAUGAAUGAUCAGACUUUUCAUACGCCAUCUUUUGGAGACGAAGAAUUUGACAUUCCACUAAUGCACGGGCAGCAUGCGACGACUGGCGGGAGCCAGAACCCUCACAUACAGUAUACUCAACUACAUCAUUCAGCGCCACAGGUUGGUAUGAUGAAUCCUGCACAAGACGGAUUAGCUCCGCCAGGUGGAGCACCGUCUUAUCAACAACCUUUAUAUUUACAAGAACCGCACACACCAGUCACAUUGCACAGUAACGCAGCAGCCCCGGCAGGCAAUUAUAUGAUCCAACAGCAGCCUGGUGGACAACAGCAACUGCUUAUGCUACAACCUACACAAGUGAUGAGCGGACCUCCUACACCGAGCACUCCCACCCAACCUGGCCCAGUCUAUGGCUCUCCUCAAAGAGCAUCACCCCCAGGCACUACGAGUGAUGAUUCAGAUGAUAGUGUACCAUCCCAUCAUUCUCAGUUGCCUGGUGAUGCGGAAAGCCUUCUGCCGAUCCAUUAUUGCUCAGCGAGCCGGCAGCAACAAACUACGAUUCAUCAGAUGGGUGUUAGCAAUAUGGGAGUGAAGAGGUCAUCCCCAGAACCGAUGGACAAUGGAAUGAGCCGUGGACAGAUGCAAAAGAAACCUAAAGUUCAGAAAAAAAAGAAAAAACGGGAUCCAAAUGAACCACAAAAACCUGUGUCAGCAUAUGCCCUAUUUUUCCGUGACACGCAAGCAGCAAUAAAAGGACAAAAUCCGAAUGCAAGUUUUGGAGAAGUCUCUAAAAUCGUAGCAUCAAUGUGGGAUGGCUUAGAUUCAGAACAUAAAAGUGUUUACAAACAGAAAACAGAAGUUGCCAAAAAAGAAUACUUAAAAGCACUAGCAGCGUAUCGAGCGAGUUUAGUAUCUAAGGGGGGAGAGCAAGAAAAUCAAGUAAUGUAUAAUCACGGAAAUACUAAUGCGAACUAUGGAAAUUAUUAUCAAGGCCAAGCUUAUGGAAAUGGGCACUCGCCCCAAAGUUAUGUCCCAAACUCAACACCGCAGGGAUAUUCACCUCAGACAUUCCCAGGAGGUCAAUCACAGCCUUCCUACGCAGGAGCACCGUCUCAAAGCUACCCUCCCAACAAUCAGCAGCCACCACAAAACUAUCAGGGAAACAUCGGGCACAAUUCUCAGACGUAUCAAGGUGUGCCAGGCCAGUCUCCUCAAGGGUAUCAAGUAAACACCACAGCAAGUCCACAGGCAUGUCAGCCCAACAUGGCGCAAUCUCCGAGAAACUAUCAGCCACCCCAAUCUCCAAACUAUGCUGCAAACUCUGGGCUCUCACCACCAGGAUACAGACAAGUGCAAUCCCAAUCGCCUCCUGUGCAAUCUGUGCAUGCCAUGCAGUAUCAUCACUCACAACAGAUGCAACAAGCUCAUCAAGUGCAGCAGUAUCAGCAGCAGCAACAUCAACAUCAGCAGCAACCGCAGCAGCAGCAGCAGUUGCAGCACCAACAGCAGCCGCAACAGCCCCUGCUGCACCCACAGCAGCAGCAGAACCAACCACCCCAACAGCAGCCCCCGAACCCAACUUUAAACAGUGAACAUUCCACUUCCAAUAGCAAUGGUAAUUCAGGAAUGCCACAUAAAUCGCCAGAGCAAAACGAAAAUCGAAGUACACCAUCAUGUAUCCGUCAGGGCUGCACCAACCCUGCCAUAGCCAACAGUGAAUGGGAGGAUGAAUAUUGUUCCAAUGAAUGUGUGGUCAGUCAUUGCAGAGACGUAUUCAGCUCAUGGGUAGCCUCGAAUACAAAUAAUCAAAUGCAAAACUUCUCUGCAGUUAAAUAAAAUGGUAACAUAUCAAAUUACGAUAAUUGUACGAUUACGGUAAUUGAUUGAAUUGUGAAAAUCUUUGGUAUAUGUAAAAAAUCUUAGCAUAAUAAUUUGCCUUGUUAUCGUUAUUUAUUAACUCAAUGUUAUAAUACAAGUUAUAUAAUUAUGAUCACAUACUGUAAUAAGAUCAUCUUCGGGGAGACGAAUUACUUUGUUCCAAUGACUAAAUAUCUUUAUUUUCGUACUAAUAUUUUUUUAAUAUAUAAAAUAUUGGAGUGCCUUGCCAAAUAAAAACACAUGGACAGUUGUGAAUGGUAUUAAGAAAACUGUACAGUAUAUCACUUGGACAAAAGAUAAAAAGAAUGGAUAUGUGUUAACAGUAUUCAAUAACCAAGUAAUCUUCUCCCAAUUUCUACAAGUUUGGUUUAUCUGUAUUUAAAUUGUUACGUUUGAAAUUAGGAAUAUUUUAUAUUCAGUAAUUUUGACUUAAGAUUGAAAAGUUAUUACUUUGCAUUUUAAUUUUUAUACAAAUAAUAUUUAAGUAAGUGAUUUUUAACUGGAUUUUGUUUAGAACAGGAACAAAAUAUUAAAAUAUAAUAUUUUAAUGUCAGUUUAGUUUAAAACAGUCAAGAUCUGUGUAGAUUUGAUAAUAUUACACUAUGUUUCGCCUUAAAAAACUAUUAAUGAUAUUAGUUUUAAUAAUAAUUAUGUAUAAGAAGUAAACUAGUAAACUUUUAACUAUUACGUUAUUUUUCGAAAGAGCUAUCAGAUGUAAUUUUUUUUUACUACGCGCGUCAUUAAGCGUGAUAAUGGUAGGUUGCUUGGUGCGUAUAAACGUCAGACAUACGUGCGCUAAACGUAAGUUCUAAAUUCUAAAAUGAUAUUACGUAGUGCGCACCAGACAACCUGGCUCACUAUUUUUAUAGUAGUAGACUUUGCGAAACUAUCGGACGUAAUUUUUUUUUAUUUUAUUAAACGCGUCAUUAAGCGUGUUGAAGGUGGGUUCCUUAGUGCGUACAAACGUAACGCAUAAACGCAGGUAUGUUAAACAGUGCUAGUAUGACGUAGUAGUGUGGACCAUACAACCCAGCUCACUGUAUUUUAUUCCACUUUUGCGUUUGUACGUUGCGUGUAUGUGUUCUGAUCAUGCAUACCGAGGGACUCCUGCCUUCAAUGAAAAAAUAUAAUGUGUAGUAAUUAUGAGUCUAAACUCUACUAGUAGAUGUAGGUAACAAUAUAAAUAUUUCCUACACUGUUUAUUCCUAUGUUAACUCAAAUGUAUUCAUAACGGCAAUAUCAACUUAUUCCUUUAGAAGUUGUGCUUAGCAUAGGAUAUAGCUGGACCAAAAUUUCGUUUAAAUUCAAAACAAUGAUACUAGCGUAUGAAUAACUUACAAGUGUAAAUAAACCCUUGCAAUAAUAGUAUUAGUGGUAGUUAAGGUAAAAUAAUUAUGUUAUAAUUACUUCACGUAAUCCAUAAGUAUUCCCAGUAGACUACUUAGAUACUUCUGAAGCGAAAUAUCUUUAUGUAUUGUAAAAUAAAUGUGUAAAAAAUGUAACUAGAACAAUUAUUUCAUUAAAUUUCCUAAGCAGUAA